AUGCCCGAGCAGAUCAGCGUCUCGGAGUUCGUGGCGGUGACCGCGGAGGACCUCAGCUCGCCGGCCGCCUCCACCUUCUCCUCCAAAAUGCAGAAGUGCCGGGCGGCGGUGGUGGCGCUGGAAGAGAGUUUGGACAGCGACCAAGCCAUUCUCCAGAGGAUCAAGAAAUAUGUGAAAGCCAUUCAUACCUCUGGGCUCACACAUGUGGAGAAUGAAGAGCAAUACUCCGAAACUCUAGAAAACUUCGGAAACAACCACUUGUCUCAGAACAACCACGAGCUUUCCACAGGCUUCCUGAAUCUGGCUGUCUUCACCAGGGAAGUGACAGCGCUCUUCAAAAACCUGGUACAGAAUCUGAACAACAUUGUCUCCUUCCCUCUGGACAGUCUGCUGAAAGGACAGCUUAAAGAGAGCCGCCUGGACUCCAAGAAGCAGAUUGAAAAGGCCUGGAAGGAUUAUGAGGCCAAAGUAGCCAAGCUGGAGAAGGAGAAGGAGCGAGCCAAGGUCUCUGGAGUCAUUCAGGCCGAGCCGUGGACGGCAGAGAUCGUCGAAGACCUGCAGAAAGAGCGCCGCACUUUCCAGCUUCAGAUGUGCGAGUACCUUCUGAAAGCUGAUGAGAGCCAAACGAAGCAAGGACCAGACUUCCUGCAGAGCCUCAUCAAGUUCUAUCAUGCGCAACACAAUUUCUUCCAAGAUGGCUGGAAGGCAUCCCAGAAUCUGUACCCGUUCAUCGAGAAGCUUGCGGCCUCCUUACAUGCACUGCAUCAGGCGAAGGAAGAAGAGGUAAAGCAGCUCACACGGAUCCGAGAUUCCCUCCGAGGGAUCUUGCAGCUGGAGAACAAAGGGGAAAACUUUAACAGGAAGAAUUCAGGGAGUGGGUACAGCAUCCAUCAACAUCAAGGCAAUAAGCAGUAUGGGACUGAGAAGUCGGGAUUUCUGCACAAGAAAAGCGAUGGGAUUCGGAAAGUGUGGCAGAAGAGAAAAUGUGGCGUGAAGUAUGGAUAUCUCACCAUUUCGCACAGCACGAUCAACCGGCCUCCUGUCAAGCUAAACCUAUUGACCUGCCAAGUGAGGCCUCAUCCAGAAGAUAAAAAAUCCUUUCACCUUGUGACACAUAACCGGACUUAUCACUUCCAAGCUGAGGAUGAGCAGGAGUGCCUCAUAUGGGUCUCUGUGCUCCAAAACAGCAAGGAUGAAGCUCUCAGCAAUGCUUUCAAGGUGGACCCAGGAGGCUGCAUGUCUUCAGCUGGGGGCCUGGUAGAUAGUGGCUUGCAAGAACUCACCAAGUUUGUUAUCAUCGAGGUGAAGAACAUGCCAGGAAACAGGCAAUGUUGUGACUGCGGAGCCCCAGAUCCCACCUGGCUUUCCACCAACCUUGGCAUCCUGACAUGUAUAGAGUGCUCGGGAAUCCACCGUGAGUUGGGGGUCCACUACUCCCGCAUCCAGUCCCUAACCUUAGAUGUGCUCACCACUUCGGAAUUACUGCUGGCAAUCAGCAUUGGAAACGCCAAGUUUAACGAAGUUAUGGAGGCCACCUUGCUGGCACAAGGCAGCCCGAAACCCUCCUCAAGCAGCGAUAUGACUGCCCGGAAGGAAUUCAUCAUGGCAAAGUAUAUGGAGCGCAAGUACGUUCACAAGGCUGGCAAGGAGGAGCCUUACCGGCUCCGGGAAGCGAUCCGUGGCGGGGAUCUCUUGGCGCUGCUCCAGGCCUUUGCAGAGGGUCAUGAUCUAACCAAACCUCUCACCAGCCCCGAUGGCCAGGAGCAAGGUGAGCUGCCCCUGCAUCUGGCUGUUCGCUGUUCCAGGAAGUCCUCCCUUCCACUAGUGGAUUUCAUUAUCCAGAAUGGGGGGAAUCUGGACAGGCCCACUCCUGAUGGGAACACAGCCCUUCACUAUGGGGCCCAGUACAAUCAGCCCGACUGCCUCAAACUGCUGCUGAAAGGGAAGGCCUCUAUAAAUGCAGUGAAUGCAGCUGGUGAGACUCCUCUGGAUAUGGCGAGAAAGUGCAAGCAUGCAGAAUGUGAAGAUCUGCUGGUACAGGCGCAGGAAGGGAAGCUGGCUCCGCAGAUGCAUGUGGACUACGACUGGGAAGCCCCUCAGGAGUUCUCCUACGACAGUGAAGAUGAGCUGGAUGAGAAGGUGAGCCCACUGCAGUGGUCUUUUGGGUCCUCCCCGUCUCCAACCACAGGGCAGCCUGCUCUCUUCACUCACAACCGGCGGAGCUCCACAAGCUUGGACAUCAGCAACAAGACCUACGAGGCUGUCCUUGUCCCCUCGCGGCCUGGUCUGCGCAGCUCAAACAGCGAGGAGCUCCCUCCACCAUUGCCCGUCAAAAAACCUAUCAGAGUGGGUGCAAAGACAAAACCUGGGCAGAGCACUCCUUUACCUCAACCAUUGGAUGCCCCGGAUGUUCAGCAUUCAUCCAUUACCAGUGCCCCUGGCGUGCUGGAUGGUGGCAUGUCCCGGCAUUCUUCUAGUUCCCGCAACUCCGUUGAAGUAAAAGGCACAGUCUACUGGGAAACCCGCUCAGAAAUGGAAGGUGGAUUGCAGCGAAGAAGAUCGGAGCCGAAUCAGACAGCGGUGCUACAGCCUUCACCUGGGACCUCCCCUGAUCAAGCGAGCACAGUCAAGUUUAGCUCAGAAUGCACCCGAUCCUACCGGCGUAUCAGUGGUGGCUCAGUGGGCAAACCAUCUGGCACUCCUCUUUAUCCACAGAGCUUGGGUAGCCCAGAAGAACUGCCGUCUUCCAAGUCUCCGACAGUAGGACAAGCUCCUCCUCCAGUUCCAAUGCCCAGAAGGUUUGCUCCGGCCAAAGGACGGCUAAAGAGGGCAAUGGCUUUGGCUGACUGCAAAGGGGACAAGGCUCGAGAGCUGACUUUCUCCAAGGGGGAGGUGAUCGUUGUCACACGAGAAGAGGAUGAGCAGAGUUGGGUGGGUUUCAUUGAAGGUGAUGGGACACGAACUGGCGUUUUCCCAUCUAGCUUUGUCCACCCGUUGCAAGAGUGAUGGGACGCGUGUCCUUCCCACUCCAUGAUUCAGCUGGAGAAAUGGACCAGUAUGAGCCACGUGGGGGAUGUCCG